AUGGGCGACAUAACAUACCCGGCGGGAUGCCGGCCGAUUAAUGAAGACCUCGGACAGGAUGAGCUUAUCCGCCGGCUGAAGACGCUUACCCACACACUGCAAGCGAUGGGUCAGGAUGAGGACGGUAUGUACACGCAGUACAUCCCGCUGGCUGUCCAUCUGGCGGACGAUUUCUUCCUGCAACACCCGUCCCGGGAUGUUCAACUAUUGAUUGCCUGCUGCAUCGCGGAUGUGUUGCGUGUGUACGCACCGGAAGCACCGUACAAGGAUCAGGAUCAAAUCAAAGGGAUAUUCAUGUUCCUGAUUCGCCAGCUAAAUGGUUUGCGCGAUCCAAAAGACCCAGCGUUCAAGCGUUACUUCUAUCUGCUCGAGAAUCUGGCGUACGUGAAAUCGUUCAACAUGUGCUUCGAGCUGGAGGACUGCCAGGAGGUGUUCUGUACGCUGUUUAGCUUAAUGUUCAAAAUUGUCAAUGACGAACACAGCCCGAAGGUAAAAUCAUUCAUGCUGGAUGUGCUGGCACCGCUCAUUACCGAAUCCGAUUCGGUUUCCUACGAUCUCCUCGAUCUGAUCUACAUCAACAUUGUCGAACCGCUGCGAACGCAGAAACGAAAUGCCUACGAGCUGGCCAAGGAGCUCAUCAUCAAGACAUCCAACUGGCUCGAAGCGUACACGCAGGCCUUCUUUAAUCAGAUUCUGAUACUGGACAAGAAUGAAAAGCAGUACCAGAUUGUGCCGAAAAUUUAUGACGUGAUCUACGAGCUGAACGUAAUCACACCGAGCAUUCUGCUAUCCGUACUGCCACAGCUGGAGUGUAAGCUCAAAUCGACCCACGAAGCGGAAAGGCUGAAAGCCGUCUCGACAUUGGCGCGCAUGUUCUCCGAACCCGGUUCCACACUCGCGCGACAGUAUGGACCACUUUGGAAGCAAUUUCUCGGUCGGUUUUACGACAUCGCAGUACCGAUCCGCAUCAAGUGCGUGCAGAGCACGAUGCAUUUCCUAAUCAAUCAUCCCAGCCUGCGGAAGGACAUCAUCGAUACGCUUCGCAUCAGGCAGCACGAUUCGGAUGAAACUGUGCGCUACGAGGUGGUAAUGGCGAUCGUCGAAACGGCAAAGCGCGAUCUGCAGAUCGUGUCCGAAUCGGAGGAUUUGCUAGAAUUCGUCAAGGAGCGUACGCUCGACAAGAAGUACAAGAUACGUAAGGAGGCGAUGAAUGGACUGGCCAUGAUCUACAAGAAGUACCUCAGUGAUACGAAUGUACCGUUGGCGACGAAGAAGGCCGUUAUCUGGAUUAAGGACAAAAUUUUGCACGGCUACUACAUGACGGGGGUCGAAGAUCGCCUGCUGGUGGAGCGUUUGCUGAUAACGUGUCUCGUGCCGUACCAGCUACCGGCGGAGGAGCGUAUGAAGAAGCUUUACCAGCUGCUCGGUACGAUCGACGAUAAUGCGACGAAAGCGUUCAUAGAGCUGCAGAAGAAUCAGCUCAAGGUGCGUCGAAGUGUCGCCGAUUGGAUCAAGCUGCACCGGUUGAAGGAUCUCACACCGAGCGUGAUGAAAGAGAUGAACGUGAAGUGUUCAAACAUUGCUAAACAGUUGCCCGAUCCGGUGAAAGCACAGGAGUUCCUGCUCAAGUUCUCUGCCCAGAUGCGCAAAGACCCGAAGCUGAUCGUGGAGAUGGAGACGAUCCUGAAGCGUGAUGUGUCGUGCAAGGAAUGCGCUGACACAAUGGCGAUCGUGCUGAAGAAGCUCGGCCAACCGAUUAUGACUAAUACGUAUUACAAUACGGUUAAAAUGCUGCUCGAACGGAUUGCCUCGGUGAUGGUGGACAAACAAUCGAUCGGUGUGCUGAUCGAGCUGAUCCAAGAGUGCAUGAAUGGUGGGAAGGAAGUGAUCGAAGAGGUGAGCCUUCCGACGGAUUCGGCUGGCGAGCGUGGGCUCAAGCUGCUAACCGUGCUGGCAUACGUAUUUUCGGCGCAUUUCCAACACGAUGAAAUCCUUCGGCACAUGAUCGGACUGCUAUCGUUCGAUGAACCAUACGUAGCACCGUAUGUGUUGAAGGCGUUCACGUACCUAGGCCGGUACAAGGCACUGAUUGAAUCCCAUCCGGCCAUUCUCAAGGAGCUGGCACCGCUGUGCAAGGAGUUUGCAAUUGCAGGUACACCGAAGCAAGCGAAACACGCUAUCCGGUGUAUGUUCGUUAAUACUCAAUCGGGUAGCGGUGUCGGCGUGGGUGAUCCAUUAACAAUGGGCGCAUCCACUUCGGAUCAUGCCGGCAUCGACAUCUUCCCGGACAUUGUCGAAGGGAUGAAGCAAACGUUGCACCCACAGAGCGAACACUACCGCACGGCGAUUGUCACACUAGGUCACAUCGCUUACAAUCUGCCGGAAAAGUUUCACGUGCAGAUCAAGAACAUUAUCUCGCGCAAGAUCGUAAAGGAGCUGCUGGUGAAGGAAACGUCGGACGGGCGCUCGAACGUACCGAGCAAGGACUGGUGCGACGAGCAGGAUCUGCCGGAAGAGACUCGCUGCAAGGUGGAGGGUCUGAAAACGAUGGCACGCUGGUUGCUGGGGCUGAAGAAGGAUGUGGUAUCGGCACAGAAAACGUUCCGCAUGCUGAACGCGUUCAUCAGCAAGAAGGGCGAUCUCCUCGAGCAGGGUGGUGCGCUAUCGGCGGCGGAAAAGUCGUGGCUGCGUCUCAGUGCCGGUAAGGCAAUGUUGAAGAUCUGUGAGCAGAAGGGUGUUGGCGAUCAGUUCAUAGCCGAACAAUUCUACAAUCUAUCGCAAUUGAUGACCGAUCCAGUACCGGAGGUACGCGAUACGUUCGUCAAGAAGCUACACAAAGGUCUGAGCAAAGGUAUCCCGCACAAGUGCCUUCCGCUUGAUUUUAUGGGCUAUUAUGCGCUCGGCGGAAGAGAAUCGGAUCAAAAUUUGUUCAAUCAAAUCAAAUCUAACAUAGAGACAGACGUGAACAGACGACGGGAAUAUGUUAAAAACUUUACUACCGUUGAGCGUGGCAUGAGCCAAUUGCCGCACAUCCUACCAGACUAUAUGCUUGUGUUUGCCGUGACGGUUUUGACACACGAUCCGCAGUUUACACGUCCAUCGGACCCAGCGCAACUGAGGCAAAUCGAAAGAUGUCUCUGGCUAGUGCUGGAACCCUUGGUCAUGAACAAGGAGUUCUUCUGUUUCAGCUUCUACAAAAAUCUACUCGAGCGUAUCAAACACCACAAGGACGCUCUUGUACCGGACGACGAGGAAAUAAAUCAUAAACUGUGGGCUAUAUGUGAUGUCGCCAUGGGGCUUAUACUGACCAGGUUAACGUUCUACGAUUUGCGCGAGGCUCCUGCCGAGGCACGCAUACCCUCGAUGUACUUCCAGGCACAGCCGGAAGAUUUCCAUAACACGCGCUACUACAUUCCCGACGACAUGUACAACCUAACGGACAGGGGUGGCCGCAGCGGUGCUCACCCGUCCGGCUCAAAGGCUGGCGCAACCGGACCCAAAACCAAACCAGCGGCUUCCUCUUCCACUGCAACAUCCUGCCCACCGUCGUCCUCAUCGGCGGUGACCUUACCGGUUACUUCAGGUUCUGCCUCAUCAGCAGCGGAACGGAACAAACUUAAGACAAAAAAUAAUCGUCAACCAGCGCACGAUGACGACGAACAAAAUGGCGAGGACGAGAAUGAAGAUACCGGACCACCACCUUCCAAGCGAACUCACAAAGGAGUUGAUGAUGCCAGCGUGUAA